AAAACGGCUGUUGCAGUACAAGAUCCAUGGAAAAAUAACAGUUCGUCAUGCACGAGGGAUGCUUGUUGGAUGCACUGGUGCUGGUAAAACAACACUCCUUUACAGACUAAUGGGAAGAACUCCUCAGGAAAUAGACGAAAUAACGUCAACAAGAGGACUUCAAAUCUACGAAUAUGUAUUUACAUUAAAAGAUGGAACCAUACAAGCUAGUAAAGAACAGAAUCAAGGCAAACAAUUGAUUUGUGUUCCAAAGUCCGCUCUCAAGAGUAAAGAAGAAAUAUUGAAUCUUAAACAAGAUGAAGAUUUCAAUUCAUUGGAUGUUGAGAACGAUGCAAGCAAUGCUAAAGAGGAUCGACCAAAUACCAAACCAUUUACAAUAGAUCUAAACGACAUAUUGGACGAAAAGGAAAACGAAACAAGUGUCAGCAUGUUAGAUUUUGCCGGACAAUUUGCUUAUUAUGCAUGCCAUCAAAUUUACAUGAGGUCAGAGGCUUUCUAUACUUUAGUGUUAGAUAUGACCAAAGGGUUUGAGGAAAUUGUUAGCAGUGAAAAAGACGAGCGAAAAGGUUCCGUCUUCUCUACUUGGACUUACAAAGAUUAUUUACGAUACUGGGUCCACUCCAUUAAAUCCUUCGGUGGUUCUGAUGCAAUAGUACUUCUAGUAGCUACACACACAGAGGGCAAAACAAUGGACGAAAUAGAAACAUUCUUUGAGAGUUUUUGGCUUGCCGUACCAGAAGAAGAAAAAGCAUGGCUUUACAAGUCUAUCAAUGGAAACGAAUUUGCAAUUGGUCAAAAAGAAAUGAAUAAAGGAUGUGAGAAUUCUUUACAUUCCAUAAAAUCUUCGAUUGCAGACAUAGUGUCUCGUAAAUUAGACACAAAGAUUGAAGUUCCUUCUUCAUGGGCUUUGCUUGAACAUUGUUUGAAAAAAUUAAAACAGCCUCUGCUGUCCACUGAAGAAAUAAAAAAAGUCAAUGAUGAAAUCCCCGAAGAAUAUCAAUUGAAAACAAAUGAAGAAAUUUUAGAUUUCUUACAAUUCUAUCAUGCUCAUGGAAUAUUUCUGUAUUUUGACGAAGAUGGACUAAACGAGUAUGUUAUUCUUGGAAUACAAUGGUUCUCUAAUGCAUUUAGCGGAAUAAUUGCUGAUAAAAACCACGUCAGCACAGACUGUAAAAGAAGAUUUAUAAAAGAAUGGGAAUGUUUCAACGAGACUGGGGAACUAAAGGAUACACUUCUCGAAGCUCUGUGGAAAGAGGAACCAUUGUAUGUUAAGCACAAAGUUGAGCUCAUGUCUUAUAUGGAGAGGCUUCGAAUGCUUGUCGAAAUCAGUGCCACCAAGACUGAAAUGUCUUGGUAUGUCCCAUGUAUGAACAGAAAACCUUUCAAAAAAGAGAUCUUUGAAAAAAAAUGGAGUUAUUCGUCAAUUUUAUGUUUUCGAUUCAACUCCUUUGCCAUGUUCGUGUUUUAUAGGCUUGUUGCUUAUUGCAUGAGCUUCCUAGGAUGGCGUGUUGCCUGUGAUAAAGAUGACAGCCGAUGUCUCUAUCAUACUGCGGCAGCGUUUGAACAUCAACAUCACACUGUUGUUCUUGGUAUAUGUGAUGAUGACAUACAGCUGCAAGUUAUGCGUAUUGCUCCUUUACAAAUAGAAUGCGAAGUAUGUCAAAAAAUCGGAAAUGACAUUGAACUUGGACUAUCAGAACUCACGAAGACUUUUGCUAAAAAGAAGAAUGUUCAACGAGGUUAUAAAUGUAAAAACAUUAUAUGUAACGAAAAGGAUCUGUCAUUCAUUCCUGAGAGUGAAUUGUUCGAAAUAGAAAGUGAAACAGUCCAAUGCAUGCGCUGUCCCAUCGAUAAAAAACACGAAAUAAACGUUCCGUGUACUCUACGAUUCUGGAAACAGGAGAAACCAAAACCCUCGCAGUUCCAUCCACAGACAGGGAGCUCAGCACAGAAGCAGAAUCGUUCAAAUGUUUCAACUCAUUCCGAGCCGAAGACAAAUUUACCGAAGACAGGACCAAUGUAUCCCUUUUCCAAGGCAACGAUUCAAAAAGAUGUAAUAAGAAGUCAAAUUAAAGCAGAAGUAAGCAGAAGUGUUGGGAUGAUUUACAUCGACGGGAAUCCAGCAGGGACAGGAUUCCGCGUUGGAGACAAAUACAUAAUGACUUGUUUACAUGUAAUACAAAGUACUAUUGCAGAACAACAAAAUUUCCUGGAUCACACUAGAAUCUUUAUUCAAUUUGAGAGGAAGAUUUCCCAUCAAAAUCUGGAAGAACGAAAUACCUUCAAUUUUGAACGAUCUGUUCAUUACAUACAUGAUGGAUUUGAUGUUGCUAUUCUGGAACUAAAGAGGCAUCACCUUUCCGACAUCGGAUUUCCUCCAGCCUUGUCUUCAUUUAGUACAAUUCAGCAGUUUCCUUCAGAGGUACAUCUUAUUGGUCACCCUGGAGGUGUUCAGAUGAAGGAAGACAGCGAAGUUUACCCCGGAAUUAUUAAACCAAAUAACGAUGUUGACAAGUACAUUGAAUACCUAAGUCAGUGGAGUGUGGGAUAUUUUCCUGAUGGUGUCGACUAUUACGGAGAACUUCGCGAUCCACCAAGGAAAAUCUUAUUCCAUACAACGUUUGACAGAGGGUCAUCAGGUUCACCUGGCGUCAUAUUAAGACAACAACGACCAAGUGUCGUUUUAAUUGUGAGGGGUGGUGCUCCUGCUUGCUUUUACGAAAACAAAUUCCCAGAUUUGUUAAUAGAGGACAAAAAGAAGGUUGAAUAUGGAUAUGCCAUGGAAGAUAUUCACCAAGAUAUGCGUAACUCACAAAAGGAAAGUAUCAGAAAACUGGCAUCAGAAAUAUUCAAAGAAUGGAUUUGAAAUACCUGAUAGUCAU